GUCUUUUGUCUCUUCCUUCGUCCUAUGAUUUUAUCCUCUCUUCCCAAGUCAACACGGCCGGCGACGAAUCAAACCCCACACAUCACUUCUCUCUCUCCCCUUUCUCUCUCUCCUCUUUCUCUCUCCUUCCUAGAAGAACCCUAGAGCUUCGAAUUGGUCAAUCCCCUCAAUUUCACAAAUCCACGGAUUGACCAGAUUUCAAGCCCAGCUUACGCAUCCAAACUCACCGAUUCUCUCUCUGGCAUGAGUAGCUUCCUCUGAUUUCUCAUCCCCAAUGUCGUCGGAGAUCGAGGUAGUCGAUGAAGAGGCUCAGACCUCCCGCGGCGGAGUAAUGGCGAAUUCCGCCGCCGGAGGGAUGGCGAACGGAGUCGCCGAGGAGAGCCUCAGGAACGACGUCUACACGGCGGCUGCCUACGGCGAUUUCGAGAAGCUUCAGAGGUUGGUGGAGUCCGAUGGUUGCUCUGUUUCCGAGCCCGACGGCCUCGGCUACUACGCCCUUCAGUGGGCCGCCCUCAACAACCGGACCGCCGCUGCGCAGUACAUCAUCCAGCAUGGCGGGGAUGUAAAUGCGACGGAUCACACAGGGCAGACCGCAUUGCAUUGGAGUGCGGUCCGAGGUGCGAUCCAGGUCGGGGAGCUUUUGCUCCAGGAGGGUGCUCGGAUCAAUGCGGCGGAUAUGUACGGCUAUCAGACAACACAUGUUGCAGCUCAAUAUGGUCAGACUGCUUUUCUCUAUCAUAUUGUUUCCAAAUGGAAUGCUGACCCUGAUGUUCCUGAUAAUGAUGGAAGAACGCCUUUACACUGGGCUGCAUACAAAGGUUUUGCUGAUUCCGUACGUCUUCUUUUGUUUCUUGAUGCACAUAGAGGACGCCAAGAUAAAGAGGGUUGCACUCCUCUGCAUUGGGCUGCUAUUAGGGGUAACUUAGAGGCAUGCACGGUAUUAGUUCAGGCGGGCAAGAAGGAGGACUUGAUGAUUACAGAUAACACUGGCCUUACCCCAGCACAACUUGCCUCUGAUAAGAACCAUAGACACAUUGCUUUUUUCCUUGGGAAUGCUAGAAGGCUACUUGACAAACGUUGCGAUGAACACAGUCGUCUUGGAAAAAUUUCAAAACUAGGACUUGCACCUGUGCUUUGGUGUAUGAUCUUUGUGUUACUCGUGACCUACACUCAUUCCAUCAUUAUUGCAUCAAAUCUGCCAAAAUUAACAGCUGGCUCAGUUUUUAUUGCUUGGUUGGGCGUAUUCCUGGCAACUUCUGGUUUAGUCAUGCUUUACCAGUGUAGCAGCAAGGAUCCGGGUUAUGUCCAAAUGAACGUCCAUGAUCCCGAAAAUAUGAAGGAUGAUGAACCUCUUUUGAAGAUUGAAAUAAAUAAUCCUGCUCUUCUAGCUGGGAAUUGGUCCCAGCUUUGUGCAACAUGCAAGAUUGUCAGGCCACUUCGUGCAAAGCAUUGCUCUACGUGUGAUCGUUGUGUCGAACAAUUUGACCAUCAUUGCCCCUGGGUGUCCAAUUGCGUUGGCAAGAAAAAUAAAUGGGAUUUCAUUAUAUUUCUUGUUCUGGAAGUCCUGGCAAUGUUGAUUACUGGAGCAGUCACUCUGUCAAGAAUUUGGAACGAUCCACUUGCUCCGUCUUCUUUCGGGGCAUGGAUUAAUUAUGCCGGUACUAAUCAUGUUGGUGCCCUAGCAUUUUUGUUCGCGGAUUUCUUCCUUUUCUUUGGUGUGGCGGUUUUAACUGUUGUACAAGCAUCUCAGAUAUCAAGAAAUAUUACAACAAAUGAAAUGGCAAAUGCCAUGCGCUAUAGCUACCUGAGAGGCCCAGGUGGUCGAUUCAGAAACCCAUACGAUCAUGGCAUCAAGAAGAACUGUUCGGACUUCUUGAUCAAUGGUUAUAAUGAAGACGUGGAGUACAUUGAACAACCAGCCGAUGCCGAGGGUAUUGGAAUGAUGCAUAUUCCAAAGAACCCGAAUUUGCAAAAUGGGGACUCCCAUUCUCAUCACGCGAAUGGCUGCAGGCAUGUUGCUAUAAAUGUGAACUCUAAUAAUAGCACCAAAGCUCAACACGGUCAUGUUCAUUCUGCACAUUUUAGCCACAAUAACCAUGAGAAAUCGAAAAGUGAUACUGUACCAUUAGGCCUUGGUCUUGGUCUCGGACGGAACAAUACUAGAUCGAUUGCAACUUCAUGAUUGAUGUUCAUGUCUAUCCCCCCAACUUUUGUUUGAGAUUGAGUCUUGUAUUAUAAUAUUUAUUUAAUUAGUUAUUGCUUUUCUUCUUUUUUAA